AUGGCUACUCCCAUCUCCGACCCAAUGACUUACGCCCCCGCGACGCUGGAGCUUAUGGACUCGACGGAUUCCAUCUCCUUGCAACAAGUAGCUCAUGACGAUGACUUCUCGCCCACGUCUACCACUUCACCUACGGCGGCUCGGCCGCUCAAGCGUUCGCCAUGCUCGCAAGAAGACUGCACCGAUCCCCAGCGCUGCCUCGAAGCAUUAAUUCAAAAUUUACGGGAUGUUGAAGCGUUUCUGCAGCGAUCAUUGCGGGCACAUGGCAUCAUCUCAGCCGAUGACACUAGUCCAGCUCUCCUCACCGGGCCUCGCCUUCUUCUGGCGGCGUAUGAACGCCAGACGGUAGAGAAUGAACGCCAGGCGGAAGAGAUAGCCCGUUUACGGACGGACCUCGCCAACGAGCAAGUUGCUCACCGCCGUACUAUUGCGGAGAAGGAGGCUGCACACGAGACUCUCAAUCGCGCGAAAGUGAAGGGGCUCGCAGUGUAG